AUGCGUGCCUUUGCGCGAGCCGUCUCGCGCCACCAGUACAGUGCUCGUCGGCAGUCGAUUUGCCCAAGACAGCGGAGCAAUUUCGCCUCAGUGAAUGGGCCAAAUGUCAAGAACUUGACGGUCAUUGACCAUCACUACGAUGCAAUUGUUGUUGGAGCAGGCGGUGCGGGCCUUCGAGCUGCUGUAGGACUCACGGAAGCUGGACUCAAGACUGCAUGCGUGUCGAAACUCUUUCCUACCCGAUCGCACACAGUCGCAGCACAGGGUGGAAUAAAUGCCGCGCUAGGCAACAUGACAGAAGAUGACUGGCGCUGGCACAUGUACGAUACAAUAAAGGGGUCGGACUGGCUCGGUGAUCAGGACGCCAUCCACUAUAUGACGCGCGAAGCCGUCCCAGCGGUCGUUGAACUUGAGAACUAUGGCAUGCCAUUUAGUCGGACAAACGAAGGAACGAUAUAUCAGCGAGCAUUAGGUGGACAGUCAUUGAAGUAUGGCAGGGGUGGACAGGCCUAUAGAACGGCAUGUGCGGCAGAUCGCACUGGGCAUGCAAUGCUCCAUACACUCUAUGGGCAGAGUCUGAAAGAAGGCGUGCAGUUCUUCAUUGAAUGGUUUGCGCUGGACUUGAUGAUGAGCGAGGGCAAGUGCGUUGGCAUAACGGCUAUGAACAUGGAGGACGGAACGACGCACAGGAUAUUCGCCAAAAAUACGGUGCUGGCAACGGGAGGAUACGGAAGAGCAUACUUUAGUGCGACAAGCGCGCAUACAAGCACGGGCGAUGGCAGUGCGAUGGUCUCGAGAGCAGGGCUACCGCUACAAGACAUGGAGUUCGUGCAGUUCCACCCUUCCGGCAUCUACGGCGCAGGCGUCCUGAUCACAGAAGGCGCUCGUGGCGAAGGCGGCUAUCUUCUCAACAGCGAAGGCGAACGCUUCAUGGAACGAUAUGCUCCCACUGCGAAAGAUCUCGCGUCGCGUGAUGUCGUCUCACGCUCUAUGAACCUUGAGAUCCUAGAAGGCCGCGGCUGUGGACCAAACAAGGACCACAUACAUCUCCAACUAUCGCACCUACCAAAGGACGUCAUCAUGGAAAGAUUGCCUGGAAUCGCCGAAACAGCUGGUAUCUUUGCUGGCAUCGAUAUAACAAGAGAGCCGAUACCCGUAUUACCAACAGUACAUUACUGUAUGGGCGGCAUACCAACCAACUACCAUGGGCAGGUACUAGAUGUUGAUGCGAAGAGUGGCAAAGAAGAUGUUGUUCAAGGGUUGUAUGCAGCUGGCGAGGCUGCAUGUGUAAGCGUGCAUGGCGCGAAUCGAUUGGGAGCAAAUUCCUUGCUUGACAUCGUAGUUUUCGGUCGAGCGACAGCACUACACAUCUCUGCCAAUCACUCGCCAUCGGAAGCACAUCACCCAGCUCCUGACAACAUCGGUCUCGAUUCCAUCAGCGAGAUCAACACUUUCCUAGAGUCCAACGGCAGCACGCCAACAUCCAGUCUACGAAACUCUAUGCAAAGCACCAUGCAAUCUACAACUGCUGUGUUUCGCACUCAUGACUCUUUAUCCAAAGGCAACACACAACUCGGUGACAUUGAGAACAAGUACACCACCGACCUACGCGUCACAGAUCGGUCCUUGAUCUGGAACUCCGACCUCAUUGAGACACUCGAACUGCGAAAUCUUCUUACCAAUGCAAGUCAGACGAGCAAGGCGGCAUUAACAAGGACGGAGAGUAGAGGCGCGCACGCAAGAGACGACUUUAAAGAGCGAGAUGAUGAAGAGUGGAUGAAACAUAGUCUUACGUGGCAGAGUAAUGUAGGGAAGGAGGUCAGGUUCGGAACGAGGGCGGUGAAUAUGAACACGUUGGAUGAGCAGGAGGCGGCGAGCGUGCCGCCUAUGAAGAGAUCGUACUAA